UCUUUCCAGGCCAAAAAGUUAUUGCUUUAUUGCUUUAACUCUGUUCUCCUCUGUUGAAACUGCAAAAAAAAAUCGCCCGAAGUUUGCGUCUUCUGCUCUCCAAUGGAGGCUCUGGCCUCCUCUGCUUUUACUUCCAAGCUGAGCGAACCCUACCAUUCGCGCCACUCUUCCGUCUUUUCUCGCCCCAAGUUGCCAUGUUUUGAACAGCGCUUCUUCAAAACCCAUCAAAAUUCUAAGUUUCCAAGUCUCUCUAGUCGCCGUAGAGGAUUCCGUUCAGCUAGCAAUGAGGUCUUCGACAGCGGAGAGGGCGAAGAAUUGGAUUUCGGCCAUGGGUCUGUGUGGCAUGAACUCGAGUUGAAACAUAGUAUCGACGAAGUUGGCAUCGACAAGAUGGAUUUAACUGAAAAAGAAGUGACUGGACCUUCUUAUGACACAAAUUGUCAUGGCGGAUUUACAACCAGAGCUGGGCUAUUCAGAACACCAAUUUCAGGUGGAUUGCAUAGCGCGACAUCUUCUUAUGAUUUACCUUGUCCAGAAUUAUCUGUUCGCAACUUGAUGGAGCAGGCUAGGUUUGCUCAUUUAUGCACCGUGAUGUCUCGAAUGCACCAUCGUCGUGCAGGAUAUCCGUGCGGUUCUUUGGUUGAUUAUGCAACUGAUUCAAUUGGGCAUCCAAUUUUUUCGCUGUCACCGUUGGCCAUGCACACUCGCAACUUGUUGGCAGAUCCGAGGUGCACUCUAGUUGUUCAGAUUCCUGGGUGGAGCGGGUUAUCAAAUUCACGUGUGACAAUAUUCGGCGAUGCCGUCCCACUUCCUGCAGAUCAACAGGGUUGGGCUUGUAAACAAUUCAUAGCAAAGCACCAACAGUGGGCAUCCCAGCAGUGGGGAAACUUCUAUUAUUACAGGAUGGCUACCAUUAGGGACAUAUAUUUCAUUGGUGGAUUUGGUACUGUUGGGUGGAUUGAUGUUAAGGAUUAUGAAGACAUUCAACCUGAUAAGAUUGCUGCUGAUGGUGGAGAAAAAAAUUUAGAAGAACUAAAUGAAAUAUUCUCUAAGCCUCUCAAGGAAAUUUUAUCAGCUGAAGGAGAGAUAGAUGACGCGGCCUUCAUAUCAAUCGAUAGCAAAGGCACAAAUAUUCGAGUUCGACAGGGAGCCAAGUGUUGCAUUCACAGGUUAUCAUUUGAGGUGGAAGAUGGUGUUGAGACUUUGGAGGAGGCUAAGAGAGCACUGCAGAGAAUAAUAGUCAACAGAGGAUGCAAGUCAAGAGGAAACUAUAUAAGCCGAUUCUGACUUACUUUACCUUUUUUUUUUCAAUAAUGAAGAAAAAAAUGGCUUAUGAGCCAAAAUCAAAUAGCUGUGCUAUUUUUUGAACUCUUUUUUUUGAUUGUCAGGAAAGUGAAAUGUUUAUAGAUACUUUUUAUUGUUGGGAACUAAAUUGUAAGGAACAGAGUUUUGACUUAGUCAUUUAU